CGUCUUAACUCUGUAUUCAAGCUACCUAGGGCAUGUGAAACCGAGAAUAUAGGUUUAGAGGCGAGACAACUGGCGGCUGGACUCAAAUGGGACCCAAUUGUCCUGGCGGAACAUCUUCAGAUAGGUCUACAGCCAGGGCCAGCAAGUAUCGACCUUGUCGGUGCAGUACUUAGGCAAUCUACAUUUGUCGCCAAGAUGUACGAGAUGGGCUGGUCUAAACCAGGCCAGAUUCCUCGGGACCAAGAAACGGCCACUCUCGUCCGAGCUGUCGCAAGAUACCAUGCAUUCUUGGAUCUAUUGAGCCAGUCGGCGUACAGCUUCUUUGUCCCUACUCUGGACCUCGCAUGGCAUACCCACCAAUUAACUGGUCCCACCUAUCGUGAAGACACUUUAAAGCUCCUCGAUCGUACACCGAAUCAUGACGACGCUGUGGAACAAACGACCUUACAAGGUGGAUAUGAUGAGACAGCCAAAGCUUGGAAGGCACGAUUUGGGACACCAUAUAGCGUCUGUGGAUGCAUGGUCGACGCCACUCCGGAGAAGGAGAAGCCCACCGAAAAGGGAAAGGCGACGAUGAAGAAU